AUGAAGGUCAUUACCGUCGCUUUUGUAUUUGCUCUCUUGCUGAGCGUGACAUUUGCUAAACCUUUUCUCCUUGGCGGAGGUCUCGGAGGCUUCGGAGGAGGAUAUAGCGGAUCAAAUGCAUUUUCGAAUGCAAAUUCCUUCAGCGGCGGAUUCGGAGGCGGAGGUUUUCCCGGAUUUGGAGGAGGAUUCAGCGCUUCAAACGCAAAUGCCUUUGCCAGUUCAAACUCUUUCGGCUUUGGGCGUUAA